CGACGACUACCAGAAUUCACACGCACGACCAUCACCACCCUGGGUAUCCACGAAACCACACGUCCAACCCAACAAUGGCGACGACCACCACCAGACUCGGCGUCCAAGUUCUGACAUGUCGUCGUGUCCCGACCUCCAUGUCCCGACCUUUCAGCUCAACCACGACCCUCCUCAGCGACGGCAUUGGCAAGGACAAGACCCACACCGUGAACAAGACCCAUCAACCCAACGUGCAAACGGACGCAUCCAAACAGGGCAUGGACAACCGCAAGAACAGCACCGGCGGAACCGCUACCGAACAGAAAGAUGCGAACAAUGGCGCGGCAAAGGCGAAAAAAGAGUUUCCCGAAGCUCCCGAUGCGAUUGGCUUUCAAGAUGAGAGGGGAGGCAAGGGUCACUGAGUCACUGAUUGAGCCGUGCAAACACGCAAACAUGGGAUAUCCGUAGUGUUUGUACCAUACGGCUGUGAGCGUACCGUUCACGUU